AUGAUCCUCCGAUGUGUGCGGUGGCAGUCGACCACGGGGUUCACCAGGGUGACGACACCGUACCUGGAUAGUGUAUACAAGCCGAUCAUCGCCCAGGGGAUCCGGGGGCUCGACCAGUUGGACGUCCCCAAGGACUUCCACGCCGGCAACCAGGAAGUGGUGAUUGACCGCGACCAACAACGGCUGCUUGAAGGGAUCAUCGAGCUGUUUGAAGCGCCGAUGCAGACGCUGAUUGGCUACGGGUCGGGGGUGCUCCCUCAGGCGGGGUACACUAAACAAGACCAGCAAAUCGACUUUAUAAACGUGGUGGGCGACGCUAACCAGUUCCAUCGGCGAAAUUUGCAACAGUAUCCGGGGCAUUAUCUGACCAAGAACCUCGCGUUAUUACGGUGGAUCCAGGGGAAAGACGGCAUCUAUUUUAACCCGUUUUGUCCCAUAAACGGCCACACGGUGAAAUACGGGACCGUACUGCGCCAGGCGGCUCUCCACGAUUUGCUGGAGUGGACCCAGCUUUAUUUCGCCGGCAGACUCCACAAACCAGUCAAUUUUGUCCGCGAUAACGACCCCAUGGUCAAGUUCUUGAACCAAUACAAUCUCAAAAAUGCGUUGACGCUUUCGGUGUUUAUGUUGGGGCUGGGCAAACCUACAAAGGUCCUGAUUCCCGAGACGUUUUCCGAGCGCCAGCUCUACGAACAGAUUACCCGGUUAUCGUAUAUGGGCGAUUUCCGGAUGAAAGUGGGGGGGGAAAACCCUCACAAGGUUAAAAAUAUCGUCGAGAAACAGUUUAACUUGUUUAAGCAAGUUUACGAGCCCAUCAUCGACUAUUUCGUCCAUCGGGGCUAUCUUGUCAUCAGUGAAAGUGGCCCUAACAAAGUGUUUAGGGCCAAUUUGCUGGUCAACCACCGCAUCCAGUUGGUGCUGACACUACCGCUUGGGUUCCGCAAACAGCUCUACGGGAUGUACCAGGAUAAGCUGAUCAAGGAGAUCGCUAAGGACCCUAAGCUCGCCGAUAACAUGCAGAGCGUGGUGCUGCGGAUCAUCUGGCUGCUGCUGAUCAAACAGGCGAUCCGCGGGGUGCUUUCGGCGGGGCUUAUACAACUGGUCAAGUACGCGUUGGCGAAGAACGCCAAGUUCUGGAAGCUGAGGGGGGAAAAGGCAUAG